ACGCAGGAAAAGGAGCCUCACUGUGCCACUGAAGGCAAGGGGAACGCGAAGCAGAGGCCCGCGAAGCGCCAGCGCGAGCGAUAAGGCACCGACAUGGCCGCCACGGCGCUUCUCGGCGGGGCGCGCCUCGCCGCCGUCGGCGCCGCCGUGCCGCCCUCCGUCCUCCUCCCGCGGCGUAGCAUGUCGUCGCCUCUCCGGUUCCAAGAUGCGCCGAGGCUGUCGCUGCUCCGGGUGAAGGCUUCCUCCGACGACACCUCGGCCGCCAGCGGCGACGAGCUCAUCGCCGACUUGAAAGCCAAGUGGGACGCCGUUGAGAACAAGAGCACCGUCGUCACGUACGCCGGCGGCGCCGUCGUCGCUCUUUGGCUCACGUCCGUCAUCGUCGGCGCCGUCAACUCCGUGCCUCUGCUUCCCAAGAUCAUGGAGCUUGUCGGACUCGGUUACACCGGAUGGUUCAUCUACCGCUACCUUCUCUUCAAGGAAAGCAGGAAAGAGUUGGCUGACGACAUCGAGUCACUCAAGAAAAGGAUUGCUGGGACAGAGUAGUAAAAUGCGGCUCCCGUGAAUUUUUUUUGGAUGAUUCUUUCGAGAGCCCAUUACCUGCCCUUUGCAUUUUGCCACCUUGCAUACCUGGAGAGUCACCAGAGACUCUGUCCCAAGAAGGUUAGUUGUGAUGGGCCAGAGACGAUGUACAAACUUUGUUAUGUCAGGGUACCACUUUUUGUAUCGCCUAAUUUUGCAAUCAAUGUUGUUUAUUAGAUGACAUGCAACCAAUGGCGUGUUUAUGCGUAGCUUUUAUUUCAGUAUUAACCCAUUGGACUUGUUUUAACACAAAAAAAAUGUCUAUUGAGAGUA